AUGAGGACAUUCCUCUUUGUCUUUGCUCUUCUCUUCCUUCUGGCCCCAGCCAGGAAUGCAUUUUUUGAUGAGAAAUGCUUCAAGUUUAAUGGGAGAUGUGUGAAUUCUUGUCUGAAAAAUGAAGAACUUGUCGCUCUCUGCCAGAAGUCUCUGAAAUGCUGCUUGACACGCCAGCCAUGCUUGAAGAGUAAAGAUGAUUGA